UGCAGCAGCCGGUGACUCUGGAAGUUUCUGACGGCGGACCCGGGGAACACGCCUCAAUCCAAGUCCAUCCGAGGCCGAACCGCGAGGUUUCACCCACUGGGCCUCAUCCAUUCCUCUCUAAAGUUUACCGUUAACAUUUCCCAUCGUAUAUAAAGACGAAAUGCCCGAAAUCAUGGCGGUACCGAAGGCAUCAAGUGGAGGCCACAACAAAGGAGGGGCGUAUGUGGACCGAGACAAGCCGGCCCAGAUCCGCUUCAGCAAUAUCUCUGCGGCCAAAGCUGUUGCAGAUGCUAUCAGAACCAGCCUGGGACCCAAAGGAAUGGACAAGAUGAUCCAGGAUGAGAAAGGCGAUGUGACCAUCACCAACGAUGGAGCCACCAUCCUGAAGCAGAUGCAGGUGCUUCACCCGGCUGCCAAAAUGCUGGUGGAGCUGUCCAAAGCCCAGGACAUUGAGGCUGGAGAUGGCACCACCUCUGUGGUGGUGAUUGCUGGCGCGCUGCUGGAUGCCUGUUCCAAACUGCUGCAGAAAGGAAUCCACCCCACCAUCAUUUCGGAGUCGUUCCAGAAGGCUGUGGAUAAGGGCGUGGAGGUCCUCACCGCCAUGAGCCGCCCAGUGGCGCUGAGCGACCGCGAGACGCUGCUCAACAGCGCCACCACGUCGCUGUGCUCCAAGGUGGUAUCGCAGUACUCCAGCCUGCUGGCACCCAUGAGCGUGGACGCGGUCAUGCGAGUCAUCGACCCGGCGACGGCCACCAGCGUUGACCUGCAGGACAUUAAGAUCAUCAAGAAGCUUGGCGGCACCAUUGAUGACUGCGAACUGGUGGACGGACUGGUGCUAACGCAGAGGGUGGCAAACACCGGCGUGACCCGGGUGGAGAAGGCCAAAAUCGGCCUCAUCCAGUUCUGUCUGUCCCCUCCCAAAACUGAUAUGGACAACCAGAUCGUGGUGUCGGACUACGCCCAGAUGGACCGCGUGCUGCGGGAAGAGCGCGCUUACAUCCUCAACUUAGUGAAGCAGAUCAAGAAAGCCGGCUGCAACGUUCUGCUCAUCCAGAAGUCCAUCCUCAGAGAUGCCCUGAGUGAUCUCGCUCUGCAUUUCCUCAACAAAAUGAAGAUCAUGGUGGUGAAGGAAAUAGAAAGGGAAGACAUUGAGUUCAUCUGCAAAACUAUUGGAACAAAGCCCAUUGCCCACAUUGAUCACUUCACUGCAGAAAUGCUCGGCACGGCGGAGCUGGCAGAGGAGGUCAGCCUGGACGGCUCUGGGAAACUGGUCAAGAUCACCGGCUGCACCAGCCCAGGGAAGACGGUAAGCAUCGUGGUUCGGGGAUCCAACAAGCUCGUGAUCGAGGAGGCUGAGCGAUCCAUCCACGAUGCUCUGUGUGUGAUUCGUUGCUUGGUCAAGAAGAGAGCUCUGAUAGCCGGAGGCGGUGCUCCAGAGAUUGAGCUGGCCGUGCAUCUGGCCGAGUAUUCGCGCUCCCUGGCAGGCAUGGAGGCCUACUGCGUGCGGGCGUACGCUGAUGCUCUGGAGGUCAUACCCUCAACACUGGCUGAGAACGCCGGCCUCAACCCCAUCUCCACGGUGACGGAGCUACGGAACAGACACGCACACGGAGACAAGAUGGCGGGCAUCAACGUCCGCAAGGGAGGAAUCUCCAACAUCCUGGAGGAGCUGGUGGUUCAGCCUCUGCUGGUUUCCAUCAGUGCUCUAACUCUGGCCACAGAAACGGUCCGCAGCAUCCUCAAGAUCGAUGACGUGGUGAAUACUCGAUAAGUCUGUCCAGUGAAGCGUCGCGAAGUCGGUUCGUUCUGUGAGGGAUCAGAAGACCUGAAUAUCUGUUUGCUCAGAUUUCAUCUUUAGUUGUUACUUUGCCUAAUUUAAAUAAAAAAGGCUUUUUUGUUGACACUCCA